AUGAUGUCAUCGUCGUCGAGCUUCGUUACCACGGCCAUCAUAGACCAACAGAAAAUCUCUGCUUCGAUCCCCGACCGCCCUUCACCCGCGCGUCUCGCUAACAUCUCCAAAGUGUCGUACGCCGAAGCCGCAUCCAGAGGUCCCAAGCAGACCCCCGAGGAGGCCGCCGCCCCUCCUCCCCCCGAAGUCAGCGUCGACUCCGCCGCCUCCACAUCCUCCCUCGUCGACGUCGACAUGCCGAGCGUGCACACCGUCCCCAACGACUUCCUCGAGCAGGAGAUCCAGACCGAGACCCAGGCCGACCGCCGCCAGCGCGAGGACGACGAGGCCAAGGCCCGCGCCGAGGCCGACCUCGCCAAGAAGAAGGCCGCCGGCCGCGCCCGCCGCGCCGACAACUGGCUCAAGCGCCAGUUCGCCUCCCUCAGCGACGGCUCCGCCGGCGCCCUCGCCGUCUCCAACCUCGUCGGCGUCGUCGGCCUCAGCGCCUUCCUCGGCUACAAGGCCUGGGGCCUGUACGAGCGCGGCCGCCUGUCGUGGCAGAGCGUCGGCCUCGGGCUCGGCAUCCUGGGCGUCGUCGGUCUCGGCGAGGGUAUCCUCGGAAACUACCUCUACAAGACCAAGGGCAAGAAAUAA